AUGGAGCGCGUGAGAAGGGCUUCGCAUGCCGGCUCCUGUCUGCUGGAUUCCGCCCGCCCCUCUCUUCCGGGGGAGAACGAGAGAGAGAGAGAGAAAGCCAGCAAGCUGGAAGAGGAACUUGAUGGUUGGCUUUCGGCAGCUGCUCUCACGAAGUCACCUGAUGUUAGGGCCGUAAUUGCACCCCAUGCUGGCUAUUCGUACUCAGGGCGAUGUGCAGCUUAUGCUUUUGGCAACAUUGAUCCAACUAACAUUUCUCGGGUGUUUCUGCUCGGCCCAUCUCAUCACUACUAUACUCCAAAAUGUGCUCUGUCAAGAGCUACUGUUUAUAGCACCCCGAUUGGGGAUUUACCAGUAGACCUGGAAGUUAUCGAGGAACUCAAAGCUACCGGAAAAUUUGAAUUUAUGGACCUUAAUGUCGAUGAGGCUGAACAUAGCAUGGAAAUGCAUUUGCCUUACCUUUCUAAAGUAUUUCAGGGACAUAAUGUAAAAGUUGUACCUAUCCUUGUUGGUGCUGUCAACUCCCAAAAUGAAGCCAUUUAUGGGCAGUUGCUUGCAAAAUAUGUGGAUGAUCCAAAGAACUUUUUUUCUGUCUCCUCAGACUUUUGCCACUGGGGAUCUCGGUUUAGUUAUACAUACUAUGACAAGAAGCAUGGUGCCAUUCACAAAUCAAUCGAGGCGUUGGACCGGUUGGGCAUGGAGAUCAUAGAGACUGGUGACCCCGACGCGUUCAAACAGUAUCUCGAGGAGUACGAGAACACCAUAUGUGGACGCCAUCCCAUCAGCGUCCUUCUUCAUAUGUUGAAACACUGCUCGACGAAGAUUAAGGUCGGGUUUGUUCGCUAUGAGCAGUCGAGCCAGUGCAAGAGCACGAGGGACAGCAGUGUCAGCUACGCAUCUGCUGCGGCCAAGGUGGACAGUCCUGGAGAAGAAGGUAAAGAUUGA